UACAGCUAGGUUUUUAAAACAAAAUAUAUGUACAGGUUUAACUUUUGUGAUAUGAUCGAACCAAUAUAUUUUGCACAGUACUUCGUAUUUAAACAAAAUGUGAGAUCGCUCAAUAAUGUUGUUAAUUCAAAAUUGUUAAAAAGUGAGAAAGCUGAAGAUUUUCUUCAAGCAAUGAUAAAAGAAGAACGUUUGAUUAGAAAAAUUUCACUAGAAUUAAGAAGAAUAUUACUUGAUAUGCAACAAAACAUUAAAUAUUGCAGUAAACAGGAUUACAAAAAUUAUUUCGUCAUGUAUAAAGAAGAAAAGCAUAGUUUAUUUACAGUGAAUAAAGAAAGAAUUUAUGAAGGAUGUUGGGAAGCGCUCAGUGAAAUAGUUCCUAAAAAGUUUUUUGGUAACAAUAAUAACAUCAAAAUAUUUAAGAAAUGCACCAAAAUAAUAAUAUACAGUAUGAAGCGUCAACAUCUAUAUUUUGGAAAAUUUAUAAAGAAAUGGGAUUUUAAUUUUUCAUUUUGGAAUAAUCUAUCGGCAUCACAGUUAAUCAAUGUUUUAACUAAUAUUCUUCAGUGGAUAUUUAAAGUUAUUUUGUCAGGAAUUAUAUCAUUGAACUUCUAUGUUACACCAAGCCAAAUAACUAAUGAUGAGAAUUUGCUUCAUUAUUUCUGGAAAAAUCAGUGGCAGAGUUUCUACAACAGGAAAAUAUCAGAGAUGAUAACAGCUAAAGUAAUCAUUAAAUUUCAUAUUAACUGUGUAGGGAAAAAAGUGAGGAAAAGGUAUACAUUGCAAGAAAAACUAAAGUUGAAGUUGCUUAAAAAGGCUAUACCUAAACUGGUUUUAGUUUUGAAACCAAAUUAUGGUUACAGACCAAUUGUACGGUAUAAAAGUGAACAACUCAAUGCAGCGGACAAAUAUAAAAUUAAAGAAAGAUUAUUUUUUCUGAGAAAGCUCACUGGAAAACCACAUGAGAAAAUUGAAAUUCAAUUUUUAACACUAUUCACUAAAUGGGUGGAAAGAAAUAAACCUAAACUUUUCUUUGUCAAAACUGAUCUCAGUAAUGCUUUUGGUUCAAUCAAUAAAACAAAGCUUUUGAAAAUUCUUUAUGAAAGGCAUCAAGAGUUGCAAAAGAUGGAAACAUCUGUGUAUAUGAAGAAGAAACAUGCUCAACAUUAUAAAGACUUUGUAGAGGAGCUCAGAAAGCCUUUGCUGAUUCAUGCUGGUUCCACAGUUUAUGAAUGGAGGGAAGGGCUUGUGCAAGGCUACAAAUUUUCACCUGCGUUAUCUGAGCUAUAUUAUUCCUUUAUGGAUGAAAUAUACUUCUCAAAACUUUUGAAAAAUCAUAAUGAUCUCCAGUUAUUUAUUCGAGUAGUGGAUGACUACUUAUAUGUCACAGACUCUUUGGAAGAUGCUCGUUUGUUUCUAAAGGCAUUAUCAAAUUAUAGAAAUGUAAAUUACUCAAAAACCGUAGUUAACUUUGCACAUGCUGAUGUAAGUUCCAGCAGGGACAUAACUUUUCUUGGGUUCUGCUACAAUACUGAUAACUUGCAAGUGAGUAGCGCAAGCUCAGUUUUCGCUGGAGAUAUGUGCUAUAAAAUUGGUUUCUCUGCAGCAACUGUAAACUUGGGAAUGUUUUUAGAAAACAGGAUUGGUAUAUCAAGUAUUCAAAUUAAUUAUCAUAUAUUUAACUUUUAUCACAACAGCGAACAGUUAAUAUGGAAUCAUGUUUUUAUCACAUUAUGUUUGUCAGCAAAUAAGUUCUGUACAAUUUUAUCCAUACUCUCCGAUGACAGUGAGAUGCCAAAGUAUUUAUCUUUAUACAAAAGGAGAGUUUCUGUGAGACUCUGUAACACUAUAAUAGAGGUAUUGAAGAAAAAUGCGCCCAUAGAUUUUGCUUUUGUGUAUUGCAUAAACCAUUUCCGAUAUCUGUCCUUCAAAGCCUUGUUGUUAUGCGCUCGGAAGACAUCCAGAUGUAGCAUAUUAGUACCGUAUGUUAAUGUGGAAUUGGCUAAAUCGAAUUGUAUAUAUGGUAAAUGGAAAGAACAUGCUAGAACUGUUUCAAAAAAUGGCCUCAAUCUGGUUGAAGCUUUAAAAGAUGUUUGCAGAAAAUCUGAUUUGAGGCAACUUUUUAAAAAUUUUGAUGUAUUGCCAUAUGAUUUUCAAUGCUAUGAUCAUAAAAGGUUUUUUCUAUCAUUGUAGAAACGAGCGUCAAAAUGAAAUGUUUAUUUUACUGUCUUACACACCUUUUAUAUGCUCAACUCAUUACAGAUCAUCCAUAACAAA